GUUUGAUUCCUUUGGCGGGCGGAAGCUGCUGGAGCUUGAAUCCUGUGGAGAUUCCCACCGACUGCUCCCUGUCCCAGCUCUGCUGGGUUCUGCGGCGGCUGCUUCGGCCUUCUGUCCGGUUCGGUCCCGCCGGGCCUGCCGCCCCUCAGAGUGCACAUCCUUGCUCCCCUUACAUCAAAGCAAGUGGCCCGAGACGCGCGUGUUGUAAGGGUGCUCCGAGGCUGUAGCUGUAAACCCAGCAGCAGGGAGGCUCCUGCCAAGGAGGCCGUGGAGAGACACAGGGGAACCUCUCAGAGCGGGCGUUCCAGGGCAGCAGACUCGCACCACGGUGAGGGUUUCUCAAACAGCUCAGGCUGUCCUGGAACUGCUGGCCUCAAACUCACAGAGAUCCUCUUGAGUGCUGGGAUUAAAGUUGAUCUGGAACUCUCUGUGGAGACCAGCCUGGUCUCAGACUUGGAGUAAUAAUCCUCAAGACUCUGUCUCCCAAGUGCUGGGAUUACAGAUUAUUUUUGUCAUUUCGAAUAAACUUCCAGGUGGACUAUGAAAGAUUAUGAUGAACUUCUCAAAUACUAUGAAUUAUAUGAAACUAUUGGGACAGGUGGCUUUGCAAAGGUCAAACUUGCCUGUCAUAUCCUCACUGGAGAAAUGGUAGCUAUAAAAAUCAUGGAUAAAAAUGCUCUAGGGAGUGAUUUACCCCGAGUCAAAACUGAGAUUGAUGCCCUGAAGAAUCUGAGACAUCAGCAUAUAUGUCAGCUCUACCAUGUGCUAGAGACAAAAAACAAAAUAUUCAUGGUUCUUGAGUACUGUCCAGGAGGAGAGCUGUUCGACUACAUAAUCUCCCAGGAUCGCCUGUCGGAAGAGGAGACCCGAGUUGUCUUCCGUCAGAUACUGUCUGCCGUUGCUUAUGUGCACAGCCAGGGCUAUGCCCACAGGGACCUCAAGCCAGAAAAUUUAUUAUUUGAUGAAUAUCACAAAUUAAAACUGAUUGACUUUGGUCUCUGUGCAAAACCCAAGGGUCACAAGGACUACCAUCUACAGACAUGCUGUGGGAGUCUUGCUUAUGCAGCACCUGAACUAAUACAAGGCAAAUCGUAUCUUGGAUCAGAGGCAGAUGUUUGGAGCAUGGGCAUCCUCUUAUAUGUGCUUAUGUGCGGAUUUCUACCGUUUGAUGAUGAUAAUGUCAUGGCUUUGUACAAGAAGAUUAUGAGAGGGAAAUACGAUGUUCCUAAGUGGCUGUCUCCCAGUAGCAUUCUGCUUCUCCAACAGAUGCUUCAGGUGGACCCAAAGAAACGGAUUUCUAUGAAAAAUCUCUUGAACCAUCCCUGGAUCAUGCAAGAUUACAACUGUCCAGUUGAGUGGCAAAGCAAGACUCCUUUGAUUCACCUUGAUGAUGAUUGCAUAACAGAGCUUUCCGUACAUCACCGUAACAACAGGCAAACAAUGGAGGAUUUAAUUUCAUCGUGGCAGUAUGAUCACCUCACAGCCACCUACCUUCUGCUUCUGGCCAAGAAGUCUCGAGGAAAGCCAGCUCGCUUACAGCUUCCCUCUUUCUCCUGUGGAACCUCCAGCCCCACUCCAAAGUCAAAGAAUCUGAGCCUGGAAGAUAUGACCACAAGUGACGAUAGCUGCGUGGAUGGAUUAAUAGACUAUGAACUGUGUGAGGAUAAUUUAUCAGCUCCCCAGACACCACAGGUUACCAAGCACUGGGCAGAAUCAAAUCAUGUGGCGUCUAAAUCACCAGCUCCAGUAGUAUGCAGAGCAUUGGCAAAUAAAUUAAAGGACAAAGAGAAUGUGGGCACUCCCAAGUCUGCUGUGAAGAAUGAAGAGAACUUUGUGUUCCCAGAGCCAAAGACUCCAGUUAGUAAGAACCAGUAUAAGAGAGAAAUACUCACCUCGCCAAACCGUUACACGACGCCUGCAAAAGCUAGAAACCAGUGCCUGAGAGAAGCCCCAGUCAGAACGCCAGGGAAAUCCACAGGAGCAGACACAUUAACGACAGGUGUCAUCAGCCCUGAGAGGCGGUGCCGCUCAAUGGAGGUGGAUCUCAACCAGGCACAUAUGGAGGACACCCCUAAGAGGAGAGGAGCCAAUGUGUUUGGAAGCCUCGAGAGAGGAUUGGACAAGGUUCUCACAGCACUUACAAGGAGCAGGAAGAAGAGCUCUGCCAAAGACGGGCCAAGAAGGCGAAAGCUGCACUAUAACGUGACUACAACUAGACUGGUGAAUCCUGACCAGCUCCUGAGUGAGAUAAUGAGGGUUCUUCCAGAGAAGCACGUGGACUUUGUGCAGAAAGGUUACACACUGAAGUGUCAAACACAGUCUGAUUUUGGCAAAGUGACAAUGCAGUUUGAACUAGAAGUGUGCCAGCUCCAGAGACCUGACGUGGUGGGCAUCCGGAGACAGCGGCUUAAGGGUGACGCCUGGGUUUACAAGAGAUUGGUGGAAGAUAUUCUGUCUAGCUGCAAGAUGUAACUGAUGGAUGGUUUCCAUCCUGCCUGGAUGAAUGUGGAUGUCAUGCUGUGCACAAGAAGACCCGUGUGAUUGGUUGGAUUUUCAAGCCCUUUGGAAGCUCAUUUCUAAAUAGCCAUCUUCAAGACCAAGACCCAUUCGCUUUUUCAACAAAAAAAUUUUAUUUUGUGGCUGAAUCCAAGGCAACCAACCCUUCUGUCAUUUUUCUCUUACUCUUUUUUAAUCAUGUGGCUUGGCAUGUUAGUAACUGUUGAUUUUCUGUGUUCACUUCCAUGGGGGAAUGGCAGCUCUUCCUGUGAGUCAUUUUGAUGUACAGUUACUUUCUGAACUAAAACCAUUUGUGAAUAUACCAGGCUUCUUUUUGUAUCUGAUUUUGAUCCAAAUAAACCUCGAAUGGCUUUCUGACUGUUAA